AUGGUUUUGGUUUAUACUUCUAAAAGAUUGUAAAAAUAUCCAACUUUAGCUGAGGGUGUAGAAUUCCAUUUAGCAAGUUUAUAAGAUAAUGGUAAUACAGUUUUGGGAGUAUUUGUAACUAAUACAGGUGUUAAAUGUGUUACUGUUGAUGGAUCUACACAAUAAUCUACAUCUGUAUCCAAUAGUGACUUUGAAGGUGAAUGGAGCUUUGUAUUCAUCAGUCAUGGUUAAGGAGUUACUGGAUGUGCAGUCAAGUUCUUUGAAGAAUUACCAGCAUUGAGAUCAACUCCUGCUUCCCAUCCAACUUACACUAGUUUAGACUUCAAGGUUGGUGGAUCCAUAAGAUUCUCAUCCAUCGUUCUAAGGAAAAUAUCAAAUCUACACUUCAACAGUUAAAGAUAAUAUAAUUUACUUGUUGAUUCAUGCAAUAGUCCACCUGAAGUAGAACUUUGUGAAUUAUAUACUGAUGAGUUAGGAGAUUAUCAAUUCUAUGGAUUUGAAGAUACAUCUGAUGAAAUAUUUGAGUUUUCAACUUGGGAUGCUGGUUACGCUGUUUCUGGUUGGUUGAAAUGGGAAACCUUAGAAGAUCAAGAUGUUUGGCACACUGUCUUCAGAUUAUCUGAAAAUGCAGAUGCUAAUUUGGACGAGAUUAAAUUAGGAGACAGAGAUUUGGCUGUUUUUCUUGGUAGUGGAUUGGUUGGAGGUGUAUUUUAAUUUUCUACUUACACAUAUUCAGGAUCUGGUAAUCCUAAUUUAUGGGAUAAUGUUUAAUAUACAAAUACAUUGGGUUAAUGGCAUCAUAUUUACUUUGGAUACAACAGACUUUAAAGAAUGGCUCAUUUUACACUUUAUUUAAUGGAAGAACAAUUGAUUGGAGCAAAUUAAUUUUAUGAUGCCCGCCAUUAUCUUGUUCCUUGGAGGAGACUUUAUAUUGGUAAUGAUGGUUUAUACCCUGCUUUCAAUGGGUAAUUCUAUAAUUGGAGAGUCAAUCGUUGUAUUGGUGACGCUGCUCGUGAUGUUGUACUGACACCAGAUGAUAUCCCUUUUGGAUAUAAUCCUCAACCUCUCCAUAAAUUGAAACUUUUGCAUCUCCUGAAGAAGAACAACCAUAUUGGGGAGAAGAAGAAUAAGAAUUUGUUCCUGUUACACCAGAUGCAGUUCCAAAAUGUUUUCCCUGAAGAAGAACAACCAUAUUGGCCAGAAGAAGAGGAAGAGUUUGUUCCUCCUGCUCAAACAUUUGCAUCCCCUGAGGAAGAACAACCAUAUUGGGGAGAGGAAGAAUAAGAAUUCGUCCCACCACCUGUUAGUCCUCCAGUUAUUCCUGAUGAAAUUUAACCAGAACCAUUACCUGAGCCUGAACCAUAACCAGAACCUGAAGCUGCUCCUGCUCCUUCACCUAAACCAGCUCCAGGACCAGCUCCUCCUUCUGAACCAUAAGUUCCAGUUGUCAAAGAAUGUGAAGCAACAAUUGAUGUCACUAAAGAAAAUGCUGCAGAUAUUUUAUGCGCUAUUUCUGAGUAUUUGGCUUAAUUAGCUUCUGGCCAUGUCCCAGAAUUAGGUAUCAAUCCAUCAAGAGUUUGUUUCUGUUUGCAAUAUGAUGAUAGCGAGUCAAAUGAAUCUUUCAUGCAAGUCGAAGCCAUUCUUAAAGAAAAUGAUGCUUUUACUAUUAAUAAAUUAGUUGCCUAGAGAAGAAUUUGA